AUUUCUGGAGCUUCACAGCAAAACAGUGCUGCAACAUUCUCUUAAAUAAAGAAAGCAAGUAGGUGCAGACAGAGGCGGCCAUCAUACACAUGAUUAUACUUCACGUGCAGGUUGCGCACCUGUGCAUGUGCUUGUGUAAAUAUGUUGGAGUUUUAUUAUUUUAAUACAAACAUUAUGCAUCAUACUCCUUGUUACGGCUGUAUGUGUUUGUGCAGUUUGUCCCUCCUGUCCUCUCAUCCAGGGAUUCUGUGCCGUUGUCUUGACUUUUGUGUUUCAGUCUUGGCUGUUUACUUGCCUUUCUGCAAAUAAAUCCUGUGGAUUCAGUUUUUAAAGGUGUUGUUUCGUGGUGAUGUUAGAGCGCUGUUCACCCCAUAGGGUCGCCUGAGGCUGGGUCAUAACAUCCCUUUAGAAUUUAAGACUCUGUGAUAAGAUAAGGAGACAGAAAAGGUAGGAGGAGUUCAAAACAAAGUCAUAACAGAGCAUCAGGUGAUAAUACAUGGGUGGUUAGAAAUAUAAUAAUUCCAAUGUAUAAGAUCGGAUCCAGUGGAUCUCUUCUGGGCUCAGUGUGACCUCACUGACAGACUUCUCUCGCGUCUCCACUCUCACAUCUUUUUCCUCCUCGCUGUCAGUCAUCCCGUCCCGCAGGCCCCGCCCCCUACGGAAAUACAGGAGGUUUGACACGUGAUUAAAGACUAUGGCGGAGCUGUUGGCUCAGUGAUUUCUUUACAGUACCGACGGGUCCUAAAAGCCUUGCCCCCCUGUGGAUGCUCCUCGACAUUUGGGAGGACAGCCAAGCCACUUGCGCCUCAAAACGGUGCUGAACUCAGGAAGAAGACAGUGGAAGAGUUGCGCAAGAAGAGACAGUGUUGCUCGGAGUGGAUUAAAAACUGUCCGUGUUGUGCAACAUUGUUCCUCCGCCGCCUCAGCUGCUCGGUCUCGACCGUUUGGCGAAACGGAAUCCCGCCACAACACACCGCUGAGGUCUCCACCUGCGGCUCAGUGUGAUGAAGCUUUAAGGAACAGCUCCUCUCUGUCCCUCCUUGGCCCGGCGCCUCCACCUGGCAGCGCCGACUUGGCUGCGAAGCACAUGGUGGUCACUACAGCCACCACGGAGGUGCACUGACACCCUCACCGCUCACCUCUGUCAAGUCUGCCUGGCAGCGACGGCCACAACAAUGAGCUCUCACAGUCGAUCAGGUGGCCUUACCAGCAACGAGCAACCUCUGGAACUACUUAAACCAGCUACGCUCAACCAUUUUGUGGACGUGAGCUCGGCAGCACUGCCCAUGCAGGUGCCCCCCGCCGCCACAGCCAUCCUACCAAUGGACCUGCGCGUAGUGGACCACCCCCACCACCACCACCACCAGCAGCCCCCCUUUGGCCUGGUUCCCCAACCCCACCCCACACCGCCCACCUCCACAGCCUGCCCCACAUCCUCAGAGCCGGGCCGUGGACCAGUCAUUAACCACCAGGAGCAGCACCUGCAGCAGGAGCUGGUGGCUCUCAAACACAAGCAGCAGCUCCAGAGACAGCUACUGAUCGCCGAGUUCCAGAGGCAGCAUGAGCAGCUGUCACGACAACAUGAAGUCCAGCUGCAAGAACACAUCAAGUUCCCUUAUUCCUGUCUCUGUCUCCCCCAGCACCAACAAGACUUACUGGCACUCAAGCACCAACAGGAGCUGCUGGAGCACCAGAGGAAGAUGGAGCAGCAGCGUCACGAGCAGGAACUGGAGAAGCAGCAGCGGGAAUACAAACUCCAACAGCUCAAGAACAAGGACCGGGGACAAGAGACACCACAACCCGAGUACCAUCGAGUUCCAUUUUAUUCGAGAGAAGGCAGACAUCUCUACGGUCGAUAUCUCCAAACUCAGCAACUCGCAUCAAAACAAUCUAGAGGGAUAAACAACACUACAGGUGCAGUCGCCAGUACAGAGGUGAAGAUGCGGCUUCAGGAGUUUGUCCUGAACAAGAAGAAAGCCCUGGCUCAGCGAAACCUAAACCACUGUCUGCCCGGUGACCCUCGCUUUUGGUAUGGAAAAACCCAGCACAGCUCACUGGACCAGAGCUCUCCUCCUCAAACGGCGCUGUCAGCAUACAACCACCCGAUGCUGGGCACGUACGACUCGAAAGACGACUUCCCUCUCCGCAAAACAGCCUCUGAGCCCAACCUGAAGCUUCGCUCCCGGCUAAAGCAGAAGGUGACAGAGCGCCGCAGCAGCCCUCUGCUCCGGAGGAAAGAUGGUCCCAUCAGUACUGCCAAGAAGCGUUCCCUUGACGUGGCAGAGUCUGCAUGCAACAGCGCACCAGGCUCAGGUCCCAGCUCCCCCAACAACAGCUCCAGUAACAUCCCCAGUGAGAACGGGGUCACCAUGUCCAGCAGCCCAGCAGAGGCCUCCUUGCUUCAGAGGUUGGCUGCCAGGGAAGGUUCGGUUAGCCAGCUCUCUCUCUACACCUCUCCAUCUCUGCCCAACAUCACCCUCGGGCUGCCAGCCACAGGCCCCGCUAGCUCUGUGGUAUCUGGACACCAAGAUGGUGACAGUCGUCUGGCAUUGCCGGCGUUGCAGCAGGGCAUUCCUCUGACCUCUCCAUUCCUGCCCACUGCCCACCUGCCCUCCUACUUGGCAUCUUCAGCUCUGGACAGGGAGGGGGCUGGAGGGGGCACGGCUGGUCACAACCCCCUCCUCCAACACAUGGUGCUGCUGGAGCAGGGCCACAAUCCAAUAGUCGGUCUGGGUGGCCUCCCACUGCCAUCGCCCUCUGUCUCCAAACUUGUGCGGGGCCACCGUCCCCUGGGAAGAACCCAGUCUGCCCCUCUGCCCCAGCAGCAGUGUGGCCAGGCCCAGGCCCUGCAGCAGCUGGUGGUCCAGCAGCAGCACCAGCAGUUCCUGGAGAAACACAAACAACAGUUCCAACAGCAGCAGCAGCAGCACAUCAUCAACAAGAUCAUGUCCAAGCCCAGCGAUCAAGUCUCGGCUGCCGGCUCCAACACCUCGGGGCCGGCCAGACAGCACCAGAGUCACCCGGAGGAAACGGAAGAGGAACUCAGGGAGCACCAGGGUCUCUCCUCCUCAUCCUCGUCGUCCUCCACCACGUCCGUGCAGGAGACGGGGCCUCUGCGGGGGCUGGUCAUCAAGCAGGAGCCCCCAGACCCCCAGGAGCAGCAGGAGGAGAGGGAGCUGAGGGAGAGACAGGUAGAGAAGGACUUCCUAUUCCGGCAGCAGGCUCUGCUGUUAGAGCAGCAGCGGAUCCACCAGCUGAGAAACUACCAAGCCUCCAUGGAAGCAGCCGGGUUAUCGGUCAGCUUCGCCGGUCACCGGCCCCUCUCCAGGGCUCAGUCUUCUCCGGCCUCCGCCUCCUUCCCCAUGGUGGUACAAGAGCCGUCUGCCAAGCCUCGAUUUACUACAGGUCUGGUGUAUGACUCCUUGAUGCAGAAGCACCAGUGUAUGUGUGGGAACACCACCAGUCAUCCAGAGCACGCUGGACGCAUCCAGAGCAUCUGGUCCAGACUACAGGAGACAGGACUCAGGGCGCACUGUGAGUGCAUCCGCGGCAGGAAGGCCUCACUGGAGGAGUUACAGACGGUCCACUCUGAAGCCCACGUCCUGCUGUACGGAACCAACCCGCUGCGGCAGAAACUAGAUUGUUCAGUGAGCCCCAUGUUUGUGAGGUUACCAUGUGGAGGCAUAGGGGUGGACAGCGACACUAUCUGGAAUGAGGUCCACUCGUCCAGCGCGGCUCGUCUGGCCGUCGGCUCGGUGGUGGAGCUCGUCUUCAAAGUAGCAUCAGCAGAACUGAAGAACGGUUUCGCUGUAGUUCGACCACCUGGACAUCACGCAGAAGAGAGCACGCCUAUGGGGUUCUGUUACUUCAACUCGGUUGCGAUAGCCGCCAAGCUCCUGCAGCAGAGGCUCAAUGUCAGUAAAAUCCUCAUCGUGGACUGGGAUGUUCACCACGGUAAUGGCACCCAGCAGGCCUUCUACGCAGACCCCAGCGUUCUCUACCUGUCACUGCAUCGCUACGAUGACGGGAACUUCUUCCCUGGCAGUGGAGCACCUGAUGAGGUGGGCAGCGGAGCAGGCGUGGGCUUCAACGUGAACAUGGCCUUCACAGGAGGACUGGAGCCUCCCAUGGGUGAUGCAGAUUACCUGGCUGCUUUUAGGACGGUGGUCAUGCCCAUUGCCAACGAGUUUGCCCCAGACGUGGUUCUGGUAUCUUCAGGCUUUGAUGCGGUAGACGGUCAUGCCUCACCCCUGGGAGGAUACAAACUGACAGCCAAAUGCUUUGGCUACCUGACCAGGCAGCUGAUGAGUCUGGCAGGCGGUCGGGUGGUGCUUGCCCUAGAGGGGGGUCACGACCUCACAGCCAUAUGUGAUGCCUCCGAAGCCUGCGUCUCUGCUCUGCUUGGCAAUGAGUUGGACCCCAUUCCUGACGAGGUGCUGCAGCAGAGACCUAAUGCCAACGCUGUCCACUCUAUGGAGAAAGUUAUCGAAGCUCACAGUAAAUACUGGCGCUCGCUGCAGCGCUCUGCCUCCACACUCGGCUGCUCGCUGAGCGAAGCCCUUCAGCGAGACACAGAGGAAGCAGAGACCGUCUCCGCUAUGGCCUCACUGUCUGUCGCCAACAAGCACAUUGGAAAGAGGGCUGAAGAGGAACCGAUGGAAGAAGAAGCUCCCAUGUAAAGAAGAACAUCCCGAGCCUUUGACCACUGAGACCAGGUCUUCAUCUUUUUUGACAGUGUCCUCAUCCAGUCCGUGUCAAUACAAAAGCCACUCUCAUGUCUCACCUCUGCCAUAUUCUGGCAUGUUAUUGUGGGAGAGAACAUGCAGAGCUGACAACAGUGGCGCUCAAAGGAACACUGAGGAUGAGCGACGCAUUCACUGAUCAGCAGUGCACAGACUGAUCAGGACCGAUGUGUUGCAUCGUCUCUUGAAGACCUUGGAUUAUAAGAGGGUUGACUCAACAAUCCCACAGUGACAACCUCGAGUGCCAGUGCUUUUAAAACACUAGACAAGAAGUACUUUUGAAUGCCAGUCGGAACCAUACGCAGACUAUCAUCCUCUUUUCUUAUUAUUCUGUUCUUUCUGUGCUUCAUCGUCUCACUUUCUGAUGUGAUUGUGACUCUGCACUACGGAUGAAUCAUUCCUGCUCUUUUAUGAUAUCCGGACGAAUGGAACAAAACAUUUUCUUGCAGCUUUUUAACGCGGUUGAAGGCUACAGAUGAGAAAGGUCAGCACGUGUUCUGGAUCCAAACUGACUGAUAGUGAAAGACUGUGCGUUUGUGCCUUUUUUUUUCUUUCAAACCUGGUGGAUUUUCUGUUGAACUCUUCGAGAGCUUUGCCUUAAAAAACAGGUUUGGGAACGAGGCCUCUUCUCCCCCAACCCCUUAAACAUUUCUAUCCUGGCAAGACAUCCGAUGCCUGCAUGUUGUUGGCACAUAGACUGGCGGACCUUGGCAUGUUUACCUAUAAUUCUCUGCAAGCAACCUACUGUCUCUCCCUGUACCUCCACAUUUCCUCCCCCCCCACUCAUUUUUAAAAAAAAUCUCAACCUAGAAGGUAGUUCCCAGCCACAAGUUGAAAGUGGUUCAUUUUAAAAGGAAGUUUAAAGGUACGUAGCCAGAGAACACGUCUUGGACGGGCGUCUGAUUUCCCUGUUUUAUUUUUAGUAUUAAUUUAUCAACCAUCUUAGCUACAUACACAUUCACAUUCAACCCGCGAGCAGUUUUAAGUCAUCAAUUAACACAACACUGGUGUCUUCGCACUGGUUUUCUCCAGCUCCCUCCCACAGUCCAGACAAGCGGCGCACAUGCAAACUUGAACCAUUAAAAACAAUAAUCUAAAAUGCAACUAAUGGAGGUUGAAGAGUCGUGUAUCGCACCUCGAUAGCACCAUAUGACGGUCUGUCAGCAAAACAAUGAUGAAAACAGCUGAGUUAAGACAUGUACAUUAAUCAUCAAUAUAACCACACUCGAAAGCUGCAUUUGAUCGAUAAUUUGUUCAGGCUAGAAAAAAUAAGGCCCAAACCUUCAGCCACAACAGAACAAUAAGGAUUCAUAACAACAGGGCAUUACAGACCGCCUCACCGUGACUCCACACCAACAACAACUGUCACUUCUCAUCGUUUAUUUGUAUGUUGAGCUAUGUGACAUAUUCAGUUCUAACUGUAACAUUUAAAGACGUAUGGCUGUAUACAGUAUGCAGGUGCUGAUUUCAUUUUCUGUGUUGUGCUGCUUUGUGACAAACAAACAUAGCUACAAACAUGAGAUAUUAAGCUUAUAAAGCAUAAAAACAAUAUACUGAUGACUAUCCUGCCACAUCCCUAAAUAAAGUACGAGUACCAUAACACUACAGAUUUAAAAUACAUCAACAAAAUCAUGCAGCGACUGCAGUAUAAUUACUGUGACAGGCAGAGGCGGGAUGGUUUUGGUUGUUGCUGUAACAUCCUGAGCAACUCCUCUUUUCUGCAGCGAUGUGUUUGUGAGGACAGUGAAAAGUUUUCUCAAUGCUCACAGUUAAUUUUCAGUGGAUGCAGCGAUUAUAAAUCAGUCUCAUUUUACUCCAAGUUUUACUCCAAAUGUAACAGGACUAAUGAAAAAAAAAAACCCACUCAUUUUAAUCACACUGUGUGCAGUCAGACAAAGAUGAAGCCAAAGCAGCGACCGACUUUUAUCUCUGGAGUUCAGCCUCUUCAGCCUUUACAUACGAAUCCACUCGCUUCUUUUUUUUGGCAGAAUAAUGUGGGUUAAAGACAAAUUAAUCUCACAUGGGCCAAUUUGUUGAACCAGCCCUCUCUUUAAGACAACCGUGUCUCCGUGGUAACAGUGACCGUACCACCUGGGAUUUUUUUUUUCCAGUGCCACACAGCCUCCCACAGCUGGUUCAACAUCUUUAGCCACCUUGUUAAGCACAUCUGCUGCCCAAAUGUCAGGUGCUGUGAGGCAGGUGUGUGUGUGUGUGUGUGUGUGUGUGUGUAUGUGUGUGUGCCCAUCUGUUCACAGACAGUGAAGCACAAGCUGCUCUGUAUAAAUAUUCAAGUGUAUACACAUAUUUUUAUAGUUGUCUUUUUGUGGGAUGAGGCCGUGCAUGUUGAGUGUCUUUGCUACUUUAAAUAGCACAUGUAGCUCCGAUUCUGAACCCUCUCACAGGGGUUGGGAUAGUUUAUAAAUAGUUUGGGUUCUUCACCAACGAGGAACUCCACUCAGAGCCGAACCCGACUAGCCAGACUAUACAACACACCAGCCAGCAGCCUAGUUGUAGUCAGAUUCGGUCGUCCAUUUUGUAGGUGAAACACCAGAAAAGAGAGGCCGGAUCACUAUGUUACUGAAUCUCACCUCGGUGCCAGACUGUGGUGACAGCUGUAUUGAAGUCUGUGAGAGAUGUAUGGAGAAACGCACUAAAACCCAACACGUCUGUGUCGUGUGAAACAGCAGUACAGCCGACACUGCAGCAUGGCACCAAAGCAAGAUGCAGUGACGUAAAAACCCUCGUCCUUCUUCUUUUUCGGUUCCUCGCCUGUAACCGUUCUUUCAACUUGUCGUGGGCCGACUACCUUCUCUCCCCUUAUGUUCCAUCUACGAGCUCAGUCACGUUCAAUGUAUAUUUUCAGCAGACAGGAAACAGAGUGCUGUGUUUUGUUUACUCUUGUUUACUGUACAUAGGACAUCGAUCUGCCGAGUAUUCCUGCCACACACAUUCAUUCAUCAGUGACUACUUUUGUUUAUUCCUCCUGUCAUCCGCCUUUUUGUUUCUGGUUGCGCUCUCCUUUCAGUGGAUGCCAGUGACUUCUCUUUGAACGACUUUGUGUUAUUCUUGUUGUCUUCGCUGACUCUCCCCUCUCAGUCUCUCUGUUACAUUGUAAAGCUGACAUACUUCCCGGCAGGUGAGGGAUCAGACUCUGUUUUUAGUGGACACGACACGACUGUGUUUUCUGGGUUUCGGGGGGGUUUUGUGGGAGGGUCGGGAUGCAAAUGUUUCUACUUUGUAUAAUGACGGGCAAUUGUGUAUUUACUGUUUGUUCAUAGUAGAUUUAUAUAUGAAAAGAAAUGAGUAUAUUAUAUAUAUAUAUAUCUAUACAUAAUGAAAUACUAUGACCUUGUUUUUGAAGUUGGUAUUGAAAAAUGAAACUUUUCAUGGGUCUUGCGUACAGUCGGCCCUCGUUACUGAAGGCGCCGCGCACUGUCCUCAGUUACAGUUAGUUACAUGUCGAGUAGCAUUUGACUGGUUGUCUUUCUGUCUUUCAACACUGAUGAUAGUUCUUGGCUUAAUUCGUCCCAUCAGUGGGUGUGCCAUUGCCCUCCACUCAGUCUCAUGCGCAUCAUCGUACCAUCCCACAAUUUUUUAGGUUUCCCCGUAUUGAGAAUGUGAGACUGAAAUUCAAAGUGACCAAUGUGGAUUUGAUUUGGAACAUGGCCGUGUCUGUUCCUCGACUUUAAAUCCCCUCUGAUUGGGUUUUUACAAAUGAUUUCACAAAAUCAUCUCUUACUGACCAACUGUCUUCAGUUUUAAUUUAAAUCAACAUUCCUUUAAAUUCAUCUAGUUCUCAUUUGUAGGCUCAUUCAUCAGCUAAGUGCUGCCUCUGGGUUUCAGCCCGCCAGACUGUUGGAUCCCUGCAGGAGCCCACUCACUUAUUAAGACCAGUGUUUUUAUAGGGCUGCAUAUCAAACCUCAAUACUUUCAUGGCACCAACCACAUCUCCUCGAUACUAUCGAGUAUCGAAAAAUGUCUUCUCAUUCGAUACCAGAUUUCCAUUCUUGAGGAGUUCGAUGACCACAGUGAUCCCAUAAACAUGCAGCAUGCCUGUUCUGCUGAGAUCUGAUAGUGCUUUUGAUUGGCUGUCUCGAGGCGUGCAGGGAAAACGCUGGGUUACGGCCAGAGUCAGGGCUCACAGCGUGUAUUAGAAUAUAAUUUAAUACUGGUAUCUAAAAAGCAUCAUUCAGGAGCCGGUAUUGAAGUUAAGGUAUCAGUACCGAAACAUUUUCAACAACACACAUGUACACUCGUACGUGCACAUAUGUGAAAAGAAAAAAGAAACUUCAGUCAACUGUUAAUUCACUGUUAUCAAACAAAAUGCUUUAUAAACCAUUAAUGUAAACUUUCAUCUGAUGUUCAUGAGACUUUGUAAAUGGUUAAUAAACACUUUGUAGUUAAUCUGUAAACAUCACUGAAACAGCCGUUAUCAGGUUGCAGCUUUCCAAUAUCUUAAGAAAUGGUUUAUGAAGUAUUUCAUUGUUUGUUAACAGUAAAAUAACUGUUAACUGAUGAUUAAUUAAAUACAAACUGACUGUUUAUUCAUGAUGGUUAUUAUAAAGAGUAUAUUUUCUCUUCUGAUGCUGCAUUUCCCUGCAGAAUAUGACCAGAGAGGACCAGUUUUUGGACUAUUUGAUUCAUUUUCAUCUUCUACUGCCUUGUAAAUUAACAGAACAAAGUAAAAUGAGUGGAUGUAAAUCACAGCUUGCAGUAAAUUCUCUGCCAUGAAGUAGAUUUUACACUGAAUACUGAAGAGAUAAUUGAGGUCUAAUUCUUGAUGGUAUCGCAUUUUUAGUUGUAUUUAGUAUGCCUUACAUUCCUAGCUAUGUACAAGAAACAUGAUUUCCUUUACAUUCCCAUUAUUUAUAUCAGGCACGUUCACACUUUCUCCUCUAUCCUUUGUCAUUUUUGGGAGGAUUUCUCUCCAGGAACAUUUUCACAUUUGAUGUAAACAGAGGUAUUUGUGGUUGAAAUAUGAAAAUGCAUUCAGACGGGCUUGUCCUGAGCGUCACCUUAACUUGCAUACGCUGUCAUCUCCGUGCGUGUCAACACACUUUUUUGAUGAGAUGCUUUUCGGUAACCCAGCCCAGAACAUUCCCAGAACCUUCGCACAGCGGUGCCAGUCGUGGGGUUUCUACUGCUGAAAGCUUUGGUUUCUAAAAAGCAGCCAAAACUAGCACUGUCUGGCUACUCUGGCCGUCUGUCUUCUUCACUGUUAGUCUUAACACAAUGUCCAGUAACAAAAAAAUUUUUCCAUUUUGUUAUAAUUUCCAUUUAAUAGGAGGGGGCAUAUCUUUUUGUUUUACCCUCAUAGUUCAGUCCGGCCAGGUCCAGAACUGUUUAUUUAGGCGGCCUGGUCCGACUCCACUCCAUUCCUCUUUCCUCUCUGCAUGAUCCGUGUGUCCGCAUGCACUGCCUACCUGUCUGUCUGUCUGUCUGUCUGUCUGUCUGUCUGUCUGUCUGUCUGUCUGUCUGUCUCAUACUACAUAUCAGCACAAGGGAUCGAGCACUGAAGGACGUUAGUACUUUCACUGUAUCCAGACUGUCUUAUCUCUUUUACUGCUUUUUUGUUCCUGCCUGGGAGGGAGGGGGAGGGGGUUUGGGUGCUUUCCAUGUUGUGCUUUUACCUGCAGGACAUGGAAUCAUCUCACACGGAAGACUUCAGUUGAAUAUUUUACAGAAAAAGGAGAAAAAAAAAGUAUCUAGCACUUGUAACACAGACAAUAGAUUUUAUUGUAUUUAUGUAGAAAGACAAAUUGUUUUAGGGGAACGCUUUGUAAACUGCAUCAACCGAAUGAAAAACUUUCUUCUUCUUUUUUUUUUUUUGGUACCAGGCCAGAUGUGACUUUGUUGGACUUAUUUUCGGGGAAGACAUUUUCAUUCUUUGU